AUGACAAUUACUCGAUUCCUUGGGCUUGCGGGCCUGUUUUCUAUGGCCAACUCGCAAAAGACUGUGGAUCUUCCUUCUUUUUGCAAUCUUCCGCCUGUAGUGGCGACCGCUUCGGUUCUGGCUCAGUAUGCGCCGGCUUUAAGUUAUUGCUCCGAACACUUUCCUGGUGCUACCAAUCCGAUAACCCUCGUUCAAUCCGCUGGGCCUGAAUUGAUCGAAGUUGUUACGUCGACCGUUGGGAUAACUACGGAUGCUUUCACGACAACCACUCUCAUUGCAACGGCUGUCGUCACCAUCACACCAUCCCCUGCUGUUGUGACGACCGAAACCGUCACGUUCGGAGUUAGAACCACUACUACAAUAAUUUCAUUUUAUCAUGACCCCCUUCCUCGAGAGAAGCGUUCAAAAGAGGCUCGUCAGCACUAUGGACCACAGCACGAAGCUUUACCCGGCCACCGAGGCUCAGGACAAUAUGGAAAACAGGGAGGCUACAAACUGCAUCCUGGUCAUGGUGCUCCUUAUGCUGUGAAUGCACCUAACCCUUACAGUCAUUCAAGUCUGCACACAUCUAUCACGGCUACUCCCAGUGCAAGCUCGGCCUUUGAUCCCGCGGCUGUAUUUGAAAGUCUUCAACUUCUAGACUCCACUAUCAUUGGACCCGUCUGCACCUGUAUCGAGGCACCCGAGGUUAUUCUCACCAUCUCUGCUUUGCCUGUUGCAACAAAUACCGAAUGGAUCAUGACCACUGUCACCGUUUUCACAACAGCAGUUCCGCAACUCAUUGCAACGGUAUCGGUGGCUACGACCGAAACAAUAAUCGCUUCAGAAACUGCCACAACCGUAACGACAACGCCGCCUGAAGCCACUGUUUUAUGCAGGGGCCCGUAUUCUGGAAACAUCGUGACUAACGGUGGUUUCGAUGACGCUGAUCCCGAAAAAGACUGGGACCACAUUGAUUUCAACUUUGUGGAUCAGUCGAGUUCAUCGGGGGUCAGAGCGAUUAGCCCUCCAGGAUUAGUCCAAUCGAACGUGACGGAGACCGACGGGGAGAUCAAGGAGUUGUCACAGCAGAUAACCAACAUCGACCCCUCCGUUCGAUAUACAGUAUCGUUUUGGUACCAGCCUCUCUUCAUCAGCCCAGAGCAGACCUCAGACCCUGAUGUUGUUUCACCCGGCGAGAACCCACUGUGUGAAUUGCGCGUGGAAUGGGGCGACGUGCCGCUGCUCUUGGAUGAGUUUGCGACGAGCUGGGGGUGGCGCAAUGUUGUCCUUCAGAAUAUUUCACAGCCACUGGAGAUAGCAACCUUACACUUUUACCCCCUGUGUGGCUUCACGUUCACCAGAACUAAUACGGUCAUCUUGAGCAUAGAUAGUAUUUCUAUCUUGGAGCAAAGUCAAGUUACUUGUGAGGAUGCGUAA